GAGGAAAUGGCCCGGCUGAAUCGAGGGUGGGGCGGGGAGAGCUGGGAGCUGUCAGUGGAGAGAGUCAGACUCACGCUCCUGGCCAGAUUCCGAGCUGGAAAUUUCGGCGGAUUCUAGCUAGCGGGCAAAGGGCAACUCCGGCGCUCGAGGAGCGGCUUCUUUUGUAGAAGCACCUGAAAUGCAGGGUCUGGUACACUAAGCAGUAGCGGCCGCAGCAGCAGCCACAGCAACAAGCUGGGGCCCUGUGUAGAAGCUCCAUCCCCUUGUGUUUGUGGCCGCCUGCGUCCCCACACUCAGAGAUUAUCUUAGAAGAUCGAGGACUCUGAAAUGUUUCCCCUGAAGGAUGCUGAAAUGGGUGCCUUUACCUUCUUUGCCUCGGCUCUGCCACAUGAUGUUUGUGGAAGCAAUGGGCUUCCUCUUACACCAAAUUCCAUCAAAAUUUUAGGGCGAUUUCAAAUCCUUAAGACCAUCACUCAUCCCAGACUUUGCCAGUAUGUGGAUAUUUCUAGGGGAAAGCAUGAAAGACUGGUGGUGGUAGCUGAACACUGUGAACGGAGUCUAGAAGACUUGCUUCGAGAGAGGAAACCCGUGAGCUAUUCCAAGGUUUUGUGCAUUGCAUUUGAGGUACUUCAAGGUUUGCAGUAUAUGAACAAACAUGGUAUAGUACACCGAGCGCUGUCUCCUCAUAAUAUUCUUUUGGACCGAAAGGGACAUGUUAAAUUGGCUAAAUUUGGACUUUAUCACAUGACAGCUCAUGGUGAUGAUGUUGAUUUCCCAAUUGGGUAUCCAUCAUACUUGGCACCCGAGGUAAUUGCAAAAGGAAUUUUGAAAACCACCGAUCAUGUGCCAAGUGAAAAACCAUUGCCUUCUGGCCCCAAAUCAGAUGUGUGGUCUCUUGGAAUCAUUUUAUUUGAGCUUUGUGUGGGAAGAAAAUUAUUUCAGAGCUUGGAUAUUUCUGAAAGACUAAAAUUUUUACUUACAUUAGAUUGCGUAGAUGACACUAUAGUAGUUCUGGCCGAAGAGCAUGGUUGUCUGGACAUUAUAAAGGACCUUCCCAAAAAUGUGAUAAAUCUUUUGAAGAAGUGUCUCACCUUCCACCCUUCCAAGAGGCCAACCGCAGCUGAAUUAAUGCAGGACAAGGUAUUUAGUGAAGUGUCACUUUUAUAUACUCCCUUUACCAAACCUGCCAGUCUGUUUUCAUCUUCUUUGAGAUGUGCUGAUUUGACUCUGCCUGAGGAUAUCAGUCAGCUGUGUAAAGAUAUAAACAGUGAUUAUCUGGCAGAAAGAUCUAUUGAAGAAGUAUAUUACCUUUGGUGUUUAGCUGGAGGUGACUUGGAGAAAGAGCUUGUCAACAAGGAAAUCAUUCGAUCUAAACCACCUAUCUGCACACUCCCCAAUUUUCUCUUUGAAGAUGGUGAAAGCUUUGGACAAGAUCGAGAUAGAAGCUCACUAUUAGAUGACACCACUGUGACAUUGUCAUUAUGCCAGCUAAGAAAUAGGUUAAAAGAUGUUGGUGGAGAAGCAUUUUACCCACUACUUGAAGAUGACCAGUCUAAUUUACCUCAUUCAAACAGCAAUAAUGAGUUGUCUGCAGCUGCCACUCUCCCUUUAAUCAUCCGAGAGAGGGACACAGAGUACCAACUAAACAGAAUCAUUCUCUUUGACAGGCUACUAAAGGCUUAUCCGUAUAAAAAAAAUCAAAUCUGGAAAGAAGCAAGAGUUGACAUUCCUCCACUUAUGAGAGGUUUAACCUGGGCUGCCCUUCUGGGAGUUGAGGGAGCUAUUCAUGCCAAGUAUGAUGCAAUUGAUAAAGAUACUCCAAUUCCUACAGAUAGACAGAUUGAAGUGGAUAUUCCUCGGUGUCAUCAGUAUGAUGAACUGUUAUCAUCACCAGAAGGUCAUGCAAAAUUUAGGCGUGUAUUAAAAGCCUGGGUCGUGUCUCAUCCUGAUCUUGUGUAUUGGCAAGGUCUUGAUUCACUUUGUGCUCCAUUCCUAUAUUUAAAUUUCAAUAAUGAAGCCUUGGCUUAUGCAUGUAUGUCUGCUUUUAUCCCCAAAUACCUGUAUAACUUCUUCUUGAAAGACAACUCACAUGUAAUACAAGAGUAUCUGACCGUGUUCUCACAGAUGAUUGCAUUCCAUGAUCCAGAGCUGAGCAAUCAUCUCAAUGAGAUUGGAUUUAUCCCAGAUCUCUAUGCCAUCCCUUGGUUUCUCACAAUGUUUACUCAUGUAUUUCCACUGCACAAAAUUUUCCACCUCUGGGAUACCUUACUCCUUGGGAAUUCCUCUUUCCCAUUCUGUAUUGGAGUAGCAAUUCUCCAGCAGCUACGGGACCGGCUUUUGGCUAAUGGCUUUAAUGAGUGCAUUCUUCUCUUCUCUGAUUUACCAGAAAUUGACAUUGAACGCUGUGUGCGAGAAUCAAUCAACCUGUUUUGUUGGACUCCUAAAAGUGCUACUUACAGACAGCAUGCUCAACCUCCAAAGCCAACUCCUGAUAGCAGUGGAGUCAGAAGUUCAACACCUUUUUUCUCCACUGAGUGUCCAGAUCCUCCAAAAACAGAUUUGUCAAGAGAAUCUAUCCCAUUAAAUGACCUAAAGUCAGAAGUAUCACCCCGGAUUUCAGCAGAGGACCUGAUUGACUUGUGUGAACUCACAGUGACAGGCCAUUUCAAAACACCCACCAAGAAGACAAAGUCCAGUAAACCAAAGCUCCUGGUAGUUGACAUCCGGAAUAGUGAAGAUUUUAUUCGGGGUCAUAUUUCAGGAAGCAUCAACAUUCCAUUUAGUGCUGCCUUCACUACUGAAGGGGAGCUUACCCAGGGCCCUUUCACUGCUGUGCUCCAGAGCUUCAAAGGGAAGGUCAUUGUCAUCGUGGGGCAUGUGGCAAAGCACACAGCAGAGUUUGCAGCUCAUCUUGUGAAGAUGAAAUAUCCAAGAAUUUGCAUUCUAGAUGGUGGCAUUAAUAAGAUCAAGCCAACAGGUCUCCUCACCAUCCCAUCUCCUCAAAUAUGAAGAACCAAGACUGUGACUGUGAAAAGGACAGAGUGAUAUCAGCCCCCAACAGCCCACCUCUUCACAGCCUCACCACUCUGAGACAGAGCUAGACUUCCAGAUUGUUGCAUUUUCAUAAAGUUUUGUCAUGAAACAUUUUUUUUAAAUCUCAUAACCCACAUGUUCAACCAUCCAGCCAACAAACUUGACUGUACAUGUAUUGCUGAAAGAAUUUCCAUAACAGUGAAAUCCGAUCAUGUAUUUUUACCACAGUGCAACACAAAGCCAGAGGAAUUCAGCUGACAAGGCAGAUUUAGCAUUAUCAAGAAAUCUCAAUUGCACUGAAAAAGCUGUCUCCCAUUGCACUGAACAGACAGUCCUAACAAAGGUAUUAUUUAGAAACAUAGACUGAAUGGGGGUUGAAAUCAUCUUUCUAUGAUAGUGAAAAUCAAAAAGCUAUUCUCAAUAUAUUCCUUGUAAGUAAAUGCUAUAUUUGGCAACUCAUUUUGGCCCAGACAGAUCAUGUGCAUGCGUGUG